AUGGCAUCGGGACACCACUACCACUACCACAGCGACGACAGCACAUUCAACGGCGCUCGCAGGCCUCGAACUCGCAGAUACUCAACAUCUCCCGACACCAACUACAGCCGCUCUACCCCCCAUGGCAGGAGACGCCGCACGUCUGCUCCACAUGUAGACGAGGAGCACAGCGCGGCAUCCACUCUGGGAAAAGUCGCCCUGGGAGUAAUCUUUGUGCAGGUGGUCUCGACCUGCUUCUCCAUGUGGAUGAACAAGAAGGACUCGGAGAGGUACAAGUCACAGCAUCAGCAGGAACGGCGGCGAGACUUUGAAAAGGCCAAGGCCAAGCGGCGGCGCGACGAGGAGCGGUAUGAGCGCGAGGAAGAGGAACGAGAGAGAAGGGCGGAAGAGCGAGAGUGGAAGGAGGCAUCGAGGUGGGAAAGGGAGGAAAUCAUCACUGAAGGGAGACGCAUCGGAUUUGUGGAGACCUCCUCUAUCCACAGUGAGGACAGCGAGCCGGCAGCACCCAAACAGCUUGAAGCGCCACCAGAUUCAGAUCGCAGGGAAGAUAGAGCAAGAUCGCGUAGAGGGUCGCAUGGUGCAGCAUCAUUUGAUGAUCGCUCCACCGGCGAGAGACCUGGGACUGGCAGACGGGAGACAGAUAGGGCGAGCAGGUAUGAUGGAAGGAGUCGCUCGCGGCCGCCCGUUGACGUCAGAUGA